AUGUGUUUUGACAAGCAGUUAGGGGCAGCAGAAGCAAAGCCACGAAUUUGUGACAAAGACAAGCCUUGUGAUGAAGCGUGUCCAGCAAACCAUUGCUCGCGGGCUUCGUAGUCAGUACCGAGAGGGAUUUAGACAAGUUCGGGUAUUUGACGUCAUCUGAAGUAUCAUGACUUGCGAGCUUCGGUAGACAGUCUCAUUGCGCUGGUAAAACUUGAGAGCUGCGUCAGUUGCUACAUCUCGAGCUAGACAGCUGUCUAAAAGGGAGAUUAGCGUUUGGUGAGGUAUAACAAAGAAGACAGUAGUACCUAAUUAUAUGAUAUUGCUGUUAGAUGGAGAAGGUGUUUGUACAUUGUCAUUGUAACAUAACGUUAUCGUCUCAUCGUGGAGACAAUGAUCCGUUGAGAAAGGGUUUGCAUUCGAAGGCGCAGUCGAAAUAGCGAGCAGAACCGCUUGCUUUACCUGUGCUUGGGGGUUGGGAUGGUUCGAGGGGUCAUUUUCAAAUGUCUCUCUCUUUAGUUGGAUUUCUUGUCUGUUAGUUGCGUCGCAGGCUAGGGAAAAGCCUUGCAGUUUGGGUUUCGGGGACGAAUAGCGGAAUGAAACGGCUGCCAAAAGAUGUAUCUGUUUAUGGUGCAGACAGUAGCUAGCAGCUAAGCUAGCUACUUGGUAAGCGUCGUAGUUUUCCAAACAGUUACAAACCUGAGUAGCAAAUGUCUUCCCUCCAGGGAUGUUUGUCUGCUAGCUAGCCACCAAUAUCCAAAAGAAUUGAUGGAGUAGUUUGCGUUUAUUGGGGACACAUCAUUGCGUUGAGGGGGACAGUAACGUUAGCUGCAAUUAACGUUACUUCGCACCAGUUGGUUAGCUGGAUAGUUAGCCAACUAUACUAGUUACUUCUGUCAACUUAGACAAGUCCGGGCAAACGCUUACUACCUGUGUCACCAAAGCAGGUUAUUAAAUAGCAAGCUCAAGUUUGGCAGACAAGAGAACUGCCAUUCUGAAAAGGAAGAGUGAAGCUCUUGGAAUUCCUGUUAAACGUCAAGCUGGCGAAGAUGAAACCCGAUCGAGAUGCCGGAGAGGAGUUCUUUGAGCAUGAUGCGGAGGAGUUCCUGGUGUUCCUGACCCUGCUCAUCACAGAGGGCCGCACGCCGGAAUGUUCCGUGAAGGGUCGCACAGAGGGCCUCCACUGUCCCCCGGCACAGUCAGCCCAGCCCGUCACCACCACCAAGCAUGAGUGCAAUGACAAGCUGCCACAGUGUCGUCAGGCCAGGAAGACACGCUCAGAGGUGGUGCUGCUGUGGAGGAACAACAUUCCCAUCAUGAUCGAGGUCAUGCUGCUGCCAGACUGUUGCUACAGCGACGAGGGCCUCGCCACCGACGGCACAGACCUCAACGACCCGGCCAUCAAGCAGGACGCGCUGCUGCUCGAGAGAUGGACUCUGCAGCCCGUACCCCGGCAGAGCGGCGACCGCUUCAUCGAGGAGAAGACUCUGCUGCUGGCCGUGCGCUCCUACGUGUUCUUCUCCCAGCUCAGCGCCUGGCUCAGCGCCUCCCAUGGCAUCGUCCCCAGGAACAUCCUCUACAGAAUAAGUGCAGCAGAUGAGGAGCUGGUGUGGAACUUCUCUGAGACGCCAUCAGAGCACGCCUUCCCCGUGCCCAACGUGUCCCACAGCGUGGCGCUCAAGGUGCGCGUACAGUCGCUGCCCCGCCAGCCCAACUACCCAGUCCUCAAGUGUAGCAUCCACUCGGGCCUGCCGCUCUUCGCCAAGCGGGGCCUGGACCCUGCGGAGGGGCUGGUGCGUGGCAGCGAGCUGGCCGAGGCUCUGGGCCCCCACCUCCACCCCCGGCUGCCCGGCUCGCCACUCUUCCAGCGCCCGCUCCGCACCUCUCUGACCCAGAGCCCCCUGAACUCGCGCAAGUGCCCUCUGCCUGAGGCCGUGCCCCCCAACAAAGCCGUCAAGUGGUUCUACUCCACGCUGAGCAGCUCCCCAGACGGCCGGCCCCUAGACGGCACCGAGAGCCCCAAGGCUCCUCCUGGCAGGGAGUCGCCCGUCCGCGCCUUCAAGUCGCUCUCGCUGGCCGACCCCCUGGCGACCCCCGGCCCCAGUCCCCGGCCGCUGUCGGGCGAGACCAACCCUCUGAUUGGCUCCCUGCUGCAGGAGAGACAGGAGGUCAUCGCCCGCAUCGCCCAGCGGCUGAACUUCUGCGACCCCACGGCGCCGCACCUCCCCGACGGCCUGUUCUCCUCCUCCACGCCGCAGGGGCCCAAGUCCAUGUGGAGCGCCGCGCCAGAGCAGGAGAGCCUGUUCAAGAAGACCAAAGAGCCGCCAGGCCACCCGGCCCAGGCCUCCCAGCAGAGCAGCGCAGAGGAGCGCAGCCGGCCCUCCCCCUUCCACACGCCCGUCAGCCCGCGCAGCCGCAGCCGAUUGGAGCACAAGCCCCAGAACCCCGCCUCCAAGCCGGCCUCCUGCCGCCGGCUGCAGCUGCCCGAGCCGUCCGACGGGCCGACGCUGAGCGAGGCUGUGCAGGACAUCUCGCGGCUCAUCCAGGAGCGCCUGCAGCAGUCCCACCAGCUCCUGCACUGCACCUACAAGCUCUGCCGCCAGGGGGCGCUGCUCAAGGGCCAGCCGGAACCCAGCAACGGCUACUACGGGGCCCGAGAGCACGACUCUUCUUCCCGCAGACCCCCGAGCGCGGCCUGUCCUAAACUUGAAACCACGCCGGGCCGGCCCGAGCCGCCCGCAUCCGACCGUUUACAAAAUGCCAAAAAGGAGGCGCGAAGCGCGAGUCCUCUGAGAGAGAGCGACCUCCGAUCCGCAGGCCCUGUGAGGCCCCAGAGCCCCGUGCUCAGGGACAUCACCCAGAGGCCCAGCCCACCCAGAGACUCCCCCCAGAGCCCCGUGCUCAGGGACAUCACCCAGAGGCCCAGCCCACCCAGAGACUCCCCCCUCAGCCCUGCCUUCACCGACACCCCCAACAUGGAGCUCCUCCACAGCCUUGCCCUCAGGGACACCCCGAGCCCAGCCUACACAGAUGCCCCCCACGCCCCCCCCCUCAGAGAGUCCUGCAGGCCCACGGCCAGAGACGGCACCCACAGACCCCCCAGCUGGGACGCCAGCCAGAGGGACGUGCGUUGCGCCACUGACAGAGACCCCACCCCGCCUAGAGGCACAGAGUCCACAGCCGUCAGUGGGAAAAGCGAGCCGCCCCGCGACGAGAAUCAGGACCCUUCAAACUCCACAGUCUGCACAGCCACCAGCCUUACCUACUCAGCCCACAGCCCUGACCCGAGCCCCCAUCCCCACAGGAUCCUCAACGGGGACGCCAGGAGUCCUCUGAGAGCCAACCCUCCUGCAUCACCCUUGAAGCCAUGCAAUAACUGGAAGAGGCAGAAUCGCCACUCUAUUGAUGGGACAGCCACCAAAGCGUUCCACCCCUGCACAGGCCUGCCUCUGCUGUCCAGCCCAGUUCCUCAAAGGAAAAGCCAGACUGGAUAUUUCGAUUUAGACACAUCAUUGAUCCGCUGCAAAACGCAACCAUGGGCAACUAGCAAAAGAGCCUGCUUGAAAAGAGAGGGCGAUGAAUGUGAGCCCCUGCAGCAGCUGCUUAGUGCUAGUGCCCCACCUGCAAGCCUCAGCCUUCUGGGGAACUUUGAGGAGUGUGUAUUAAACUAUCGGCUAGAGCCUCUGGGGACAAUAGAGGGUUUCACAGCAGAGGUGGGCGCCAGUGGAACAUUCUGCCCCAGCCACAUGACCUUUCCCGUGGACGUGUCUUUCUACAGUGUCUCUGAUGACAAUGCACCUUCUCCCUAUAUGGGUGUUAUUAACCUGGAGUCCCUAGGGAAAAGGGGCUAUCGAGUGCCUCCAUCAGGAACCAUUCAAGUGACCUUAUUCAACCCAAACAAGACUGUGGUCAAGAUGUUUGUGGUGGUGUAUGACUUGAGAGAGAUGCCAGCCGGCCAUCAGACAUUCCUCAGGCAGAGGACCUUCUCCGUCCCCGGCAAGCGGGAAUCCAAUGGCCAUGUCAACAAGAAAUCCCUUCCCCUUAGCCAGGGACGGACCCUGCGCUACCUCGUACACCUGAGGUUCCAGAGUUCUAAAUCUGGGAAGAUCUACCUCCACCGAGACAUCCGGCUUCUGUUCUCACGCAAAUCCAUGGAAGUGGACAGUGGUGCUGCCUAUGAGCUCAAAUCCUUCACUGAGUCACCUGCCGACCCCCGCUUCUCUCCCAGAUGCUAACGACCUUCAGUCUUGCACUGGGGCCUUAACUAUAUCACACCCUCCAGGGCAUGGUUUGGCUGACAUCGGGCCUUUAGUCUUUUGGUCAACUGUUAUGUUCUUAAGCAGAUUCACAUUGAUGUUUGCCUUAGAAUCAAAUCAGUGAACAUCCUCAUCACAGAAUUACAUCUGUGGUGGUGUGCAUACAUAUUUCUGAGUGUUAGUGGCAAUCAAUGCAGAACUGUGCAACCUAAUGUGCAGAAGAUGACCUUUGACCUGACUGAAUGCUUCGCAUCAGUUGAAUCAUCAUUUGCUUCUCAAUAAUGUUUUUGCACAGAGAAUGACAUUUAGGGCUCCUCCUGUCCUCACAUACAAGCUGUUCUCAGUGCUCAGUCCUUCAGAAUCAACUGGCCAGUGGAAGUAAUCCGUUAUUUCAGAUGUAGAUCUUUUAUUUUUUCCCAAGUUUUUGGUAUGAGUAAGGAGCCAUUACAGCUGUAAGACCAUGGACCAGUUUUCCAAGAGAACAAGCAAUCACGCCAGAGAAAACUACAGAAUAACAUUUGAAAGAGCACUGUGUUAUUUCCAUGAGAACUGGAAAUUGAAAUUAGUAAUAUUCUAAUACGUAUUUUUUGUACUGUUACAGAACCACUUUAUCGGAAGUGUUGCAAUAGAAGAAAAAUAAAAUACAAAUUAUCUUACUAGUUUAGUGUUUACAUAUUUACUUUGUCAGUUAUUUAAUAUUUAAAUUAAUAUUUCAUUUACUGCACAUGUGAUGGCCGUCAUGCUAAGCAUUAUGAUGUAGUGCAAAAUAUGUUUCAAUCAUAAUAUGUAUUUUUGACUUUAAUAUUCAGAUCUGAAAUAAAUAUAUAUUAUAUCUUUAAA